AUGAACGCACCCCCGCCAGACUUUACAGAUGCUGAAGUCCAGAAGGAAUUCAUCGGCCUUCUGGAGCCGGACUUUCAUGGCUUACUGCAGAGGAAGGAGGUCUCUGCAGUGACUCAGGCUAGAUUGGCAUACGCCAACUGUAAGAGCCUGAGCCGGUUCAACUCAGUUGCGGAUAGCAGGGUGCAGCUGAGGACCUUUGCGCAACAGACAGUGCAGCUGGAUCCGGCUGCCGACGUGAUGGAGGUGGCGGCAUUGGUUGACGCUUGGGAGGCAGCCAAGGUCAGAAUGGAAGUGAGGCAUAAGGCUGAGGCAGAGGCGUCCAGCUCCUCUCUGCCUAUCUCACUUCCAAAGGUGGAGGUUCAAGACUUGGUCAAGAAGUUCGAAGCAGCCUUUUACAAGUUGGAUGACAAGUUGACUCCAGCGGCAUCAACACUGGAGUUGCUGUUUGACCAAGUGGAGAACGGUGAGCUGAAGACCAUGUAUCUCCAGCAGUUCUUGUCCAGGGAGGACGCAGAGGUGGAACCUGUGGGAUGCAUGCUGGACAAGUCAGGUGUUCUCAAGAUCAAGAAGGGCUACGGAGAGACCAAGGAGCCCACCUCUCCGGAGGAACUGCGCCACCGUCUUAGGGUGGUGGCACACGCCUUCUUGAUGUGUGGGCUGAAGUAUCCACAGCGGACCAUCUUUGCCGACUUGGUGCCGCAGGACUUCCUCAACUACGUGGACUACCUGCUCAGCGACCAGGUUAUGGGUCUCAAAGCAGAGGAUGAGGACGGCAACCAGAUAAGCUCACCGAGCCUGAAGCUGGUGCUGUCCUACGAGCAUCAGGUGCGCAAGGAGAUGGUCAAGAAGAUCAAUGGUGGGACCAAAGUCCACGACGCCCUGCUGGCAGCCAGAAAGGACGUCAACAUCAAGGAGCGCUACUUCCUGACCCCUGCAGCCAUGAACGCGCUGACGGCUCACAAGAAGGAUCGUUCUCGAUCUCCUAGGGCAGACAGGCGUUCCGGCGACAAGGGCUGGAAUCCCAGCCGCAACAAGGGGAAAGGAAAAGGAGAGAUGCCGCUUCAAGUGCGGGCGGGUACAUGUGUGCCAAAGGUGCCUCUCUUCGGAGCAUCCACUCCACAUGUCAUGUGCAAGCAGACCAAGAAGGACACGGCCGGAGAGCAAGAGGGAAAGAGUCGAGAGACAUCUUUCGCAGUGAUGGUGCAGAAGAUCGCGCAGAAGCAUGGGUUGCGGGUCCAGGUCACGGAGGUCGACAUCAUGAAUGACAGCAAGCACGACCUCGCGAAGCAAGCAGUGAAAGCUGGCUGGAUGCAACAAAUCCAGUCAGGAAUUUAUGAUGUGGUGCUGGUCACUCCUCCUUGCUCCACCUUCACCAGAGCAAGGUGCGCCAACAAGCGGGGGCCGCCCCCAAUUAGGUCCAAGCAGCACCCAAAGGGGUUUCCCUGGCUGAGGGAGGAGUUGAGAAAACAAGCCGAGUUGGGGAAUCGGCUCAUGGAAGUCAUGGAGGAGUGCUGCAGAGCUGCAGCACAAGCCAAACAGUUGGUCCGGAAGCUCGUCCUGCUCUUCUCAGAGCACCCGGAAGAUCUCGGGCGAGUGUACAGGGAAGAGGACAAUUUGCAACUCGACCCUGCUUCGAUUUGGCAGUCGGAAAGUGUGCGAAGCUUGCUGCAGUUAGAUUUAGGCACAUCGGCUUACCCUGCUCAGAUGGAUGAAUCUCUGGCUCAAGCAGUGGUACUGGCUCUGAAAUCUAUGCUGUCUUCUCCUUCGGAAGGGGGCCGGCAAGAAAGCAUAGAUGGUAGCAAGAGGGGACCUGAAGCGAAAAUGGCUUCAGGGCGGGACCCAGGGGUGGUGGAAAACCCUGGGAAGAAAGCCAAAACGGCGGGUAAGGACUCAGGGGUAUCAGAAGCCUCUGAGGGCAGGGUUUCACUUGAUGGCUCAAGGGCAAUAAAGGCCCCUGAGGAUGCAGUUUCACAUAAGGCUGGGAGCUCGGGGGUUUUGGUAACCCUCGAGGAAUCGGUUUCACGAGAGGUUUCAAGCUCAGGUGCAGGUCGGGCACCUGGGGUAUCGGAGAAGGUUCUUCCCAAGGACGGAGGGCCAGGGAAGGAGUCAACCGGGGAGCUAGGGACGGUUGACAUGGAUUGGAUGGGGAGACGUCCUUUGCUCGCCUAUUACAAGGGGAAGCACAGGAUGGUGCAUGAUGGAGGGGGAUUGUGCUCCCCCGGGAGGUGGCCAGUGAAGUGUCGGAAGGCACCAGCAGGCGAAACAGCACUGGCGAUAAGCUCGGUAUUUCGGAGGGAAUUCUUGAAAUGGCUGCUGACUACAGGGGACGGUGGCAAAGGCGUCUUCUGGAAGCUCGCAGGGGGUCGAGCGGUGGAAUCUCCUUUCAAGAGUCAUUUGGGGGGAGCGAGAGCGGCCAUUGAUAGGGAGUUGAUGAAGCACGGGGAGGACCCAGCGCGUAGAGGUGGGGAUAGGACCUCUGAGAUCAACUUCAGGAGGCUCAGAAGCAUCGGCAGGGCACUAGGUGACGAGGAUUGCGAGUUCCUGGAGGAGAUCGCGGCAGACGGUGUCUCGCUGGGGGUCGACGAGGAGAUGCCUCGAGUGCCCGGCGUUUUCGAGGAGAAGCUCAAAUGGGCGCGAGAGUUUACAGAGGAAGACCUGAGACAGGUCUGGGCGGAAAAUUACUCCUCAGCAGAGGAGUGCAAAGAAGAUAUUUGGAGGCAGGUGGAUGAGGAGGUCGCCUCCGGGACAAUAAUGAGGUUGUCAGAAGAGGAGGCGAAAGAAAAGUUUGGGGAGCGGCUGGCGGUGGCCGCGCUUGGAGCCGUGCCCAAGGAGCUCAACUCGGACAGGGUUAGGCUGAUACAUGACGGCUCAUACUCCGUCGAUGUGAACCGGAGGAUCAAAGUGCGUGACCGGAUGCGGUUUCCGCUGAUCGACGACGCGUCGGCCGUGCUGCUGGAAGCCGAAGAAGUUGAGAAAGACUGGGGAUUGCAAGCCUUCAGGCUGCCUGGAGAGAGAAGAAAAGACGGGGUCUAUGUGCACACCAGAGGUACGUUUGGGAUCGCCUCGGCAGCCUACCACUGGCAAAGGGUGGCCGCGGUAGCAGUGAGGUCCGCUCACCGGCUCUGCGGAAGAGAUCUGGGGCUUUUGCACCUCCUCUUCGCGGACGAUGGGUGGAUGGUUAGCGUGGGGAAAUAUUAUUGGAAGCCCAUGCUCUUCUGGUUGUUCGUGCUGGAGAUGAUGGAGAUACCUUUGAGCUGGGCAAAGGUAAAUGGUGGCACGAAGGUGCAAUGGAUCGGUUAUGAUUUGGACGUGGAACGAUUCGAAAAGGGUAUCUCCCCGAGGAAGGUGAAAUGGGUGGCGGAUUGGAUCACCACCCAUCUGGAGUCGGGGGGAGUGAUGGGGAGAAAUCUGAGAUCAGCGCUAGGCAGGCUGGUCUUUGUGGCGGGUGCGCUGCAUCACGUCAGGCCAUUCCUUGGGCCGAUAUUCGCGUGGUCAGCCGUGCUCAGAGGCGGUGUGUACGCGAAGAUGCCUGAGGCGGUUAGUCUCCUCCUCACCUAUGUCAAGAAGCAGAUAGAAGGAGAUCCCAUGGUCAAGGUGAGAGCAGUGGAAAGACAGGCCAUAGAGGCUUUCCGAAUCGACGCCAAGGCUGAGGGAGAAAAGGUGGUCAUCGGUGGCUGGGAGUCGCUUGGAAGCUCCGACACCUCCGAGGCGAGGUGGUUUUCCAUAGAGUUGGACAGAAGGUCGGCACCUUGGGCCUUCGUGAAGGGCGAGCCGUUUAGAGCUAUUGCUGCACUGGAGCUCACCGCGGUGUUGGUGGCCGUCAAGCUGUUUUGCGUAGGCGAGUUAUGGAAGGGCAGGCGUGCGAUCCUGAAACUGACCGCCUUCACGGACAAUGUUUCCAACACCUACGUCCUGAAGAAGUUCCUGACCUCCAAAUUCCCUUUGUCAGUAAUUCUUCUGGAAUUAGCAACCCAGCUGAAGUCAGCUGGGCUGGAAUUGGAUCUGGGAUGGGUGCCCAGGGAUCAAAACACCCCGGCGGACAGCCUGACGAAUGGUAUCUUCGACGGUUUCUCAGGGUCGAAGAGGAUCCAGGUCGACUUCAAGGACCUCAAGUGGCUAGUGUUGGACGAGCUCAUGGCCAAAGCCGGAGAACUGGACUCCGAGGUCAAGCUCGCCAAAACCUCGAAAGAGGUAAAAGACUUUAGCGGAAAAGACACUAAAGUCAAAAGAGGUCACAAACUGCUCUUCGUGGUUAGCAUCGAGAGUACUGAACUUCAAAAUGUAAGGUGCCUUGGGCGCUUGAUGGCCAACCGUUCUCAUGAGUACGAGAAGCUCAAGGGCGAGGAUUUCGAUUUGGACGGUGUGCGGGAAUCCCUCAACGAUUUCCUGGAUGAGGAUGAUGAAGACGGACAUCAUCCGGCACCAUACAACAGUGCUGCCCUCGACAAGAAACAGGAGGAGGCUCGCGUUGUCGCAGGCGCAGCGGCCUCCGCCGCACGGGAUCAGGCUGUUCCGCGCCUGGCUCCUCCCGGCGGUGCAGUGCACAUGGCCAGCACAGAUGAGGACCUGUUGUGA